CUGUUACUGUAAUGUAGAUCGUUGCCGGGGUAACAGCGCCAUCUUCUGGUCAACGCUGUGCUGUGCAUGCCGAUAAACUGAUAGGUAAUCCAUUACUUUUCCUUAAAGUCAAUGAUUGUCGAUUACAAGCCAGCGAUUCAAAGUUCAAUGAGCACGAGCAUCAUGUCGUUCUCUUGUCGACUUUUGAUUCCAUGGAUUAAACACGGGACUUUGCACAAAUCCUUCACGGGUCAUCUGGGACGGAGCUCCGCGCGGGGCUACUAUAACACCGGCCAAGCCGGGCCGGGCGGGACGUCCGGCGUCCGGGUGGUGGACCUCCGCAGCGACACGGUGACCCAGCCGGGACCGGCCAUGCGUCGGGCCGUGGCGGAGGCCGAGGUCGGGGACGAUGUGAUGGGAGAAGACCCGACAGUGAACGACCUACAGAAAAGUGCAGCGGCCUUGUUUGGGAUGGAGGCCGCUCUGUUCGUGCCCAGUGGGACCAUGAGCAACCUCAUCGCGGUGAUGGUGCACUGCCCGGCGCGUGGCGAUGAGAUCAUUGUGGGCGAUCUGUCCCAUCUACACAUCUACGAGCAGGGGGGCAGUGCCCAGCUGGCUGGCGUCCACUCCGCCACCGUCACCACCCUCCCUGACGGGACGUUUGACCUGAACCAGCUGGAGCUGAAGAUCCGCCGCGGCUACCCGGACCCCCACUACCCGCGCUCCCGCCUGGUGUGUGUGGAGAACACGCACAACGUGCAGGGCGGCCGCGUGCUGCCUCUGGCCUUCCUGCAGGAGGUGCGCGCUGUAGCCGACAGACACGGCCUGUCGGUGCACAUGGACGGAGCCCGGGUGAUGAACGCCGCCGUGGCCCUGGGGGUGUCUCCUUCCACCAUCCUGCAGCACACGCACACCGUCAGCGUGUGUCUCUCCAAGGGCCUGGGGGCCCCUGUGGGGACCCUGCUGGCCGGACCCCGAGACUUCGUAUCCCGGGCGCUGCGGUGCCGUAAGGCCCUGGGGGGCGGGAUGCGGCAGGCGGGGGUGCUGGCAGCCGCCGGGAAGUUUGCUCUGACGCAUUUGGUGCAGAGGCUGGAGGAGGAUCAUCACAACGCGCAAACCUUCGCCCGAGCUCUGCUCCAGUGCGACCCGGGCCUCUUCGCUGUGGACGCGGCGGCCGUGGAGACGAACAUCCUGCGGUUCUGUCUGCCGGAGCCCGGUCUGGGUCCCUCUGAGUUCUGCGCCCGCAUGGCUCGGGUGUGCGAGGGGGAGGAGGCGGCGCUGGGACAGGGCGUGCGAGUUCUCAUGUGCCCUCAUUUUGGGAAUUCGGUCCGGGCCGUGUGGCAUCUGGGGGUGUCCUCUGAAGACACGCAGCUGGCCAUCGGCAAGAUGGAGUUUGUGGCUUCACAGUAUUUGAAGGAAAAGCAUGAGUGAAAGCUGAGCAUUCAAAAUGUGUUGUCUGAUCACUACAGCCAAGAAACAGUAUAAAAACUCAAACAUGAUACAA